AUGUUACGGCAUGCGGUCUCUGUUCCAAGAUCCAAUGCUGUUGCCGUGUUAGAUGUUGCGAAGGCCUUUGAUUCCGUGAACCAUGACACGCGCUUGCGAGCCGCCGUCGCACACGGAGCGCCGCCUCUACUUCUUAAUCUCCUAUCUUCCUCCUACUCCAGAACUACUACCAAUAUCUUUGACACUGAGGUCCGAUGCCUGCGUGGUGUCCGCCAAGGUGACCCCCUCUCCCCCCUUCUCUUUUCUUGUGCUCUAUCUGAAGCUAUUUCCUAUUCUGAUCGGCAGCUUGGCUUCGAGCUGGAUGGAGUAACAGUGGACUGCAUUGCAUAUGCAGAUGAUCUCGUGCUUUUUGCCGAAUCGCCUCAUCGACUUCAGCAGAGGCUGGAUGGUCUAGCCAAUGGCCUCUCCCUUGCCGGUUUGGUCCUUAACUCGGCCAAGUGCGUUUCCUUCUACUUACAAGCGCUUGGAAAAGAGAAGAGUACAUGCCUCCAACUGUGCAAUGUUUCAAUCGUCCUCUUUACUUGCCAGGACCGAUUGGCCCAGACGCACCGGUUGAGCUGCUAG